AUGCGGUUUGGGAAGCUGUUGGCGGCUGUGACACAGAACAGUCCAGCAAAUGAGCCUUACAUCUCCUACAAGGAGCUGAAACACAACAUUAGCAAAGUCUCCGUUGUCUGCAGUGGAAAGGAUGAGGAUAACUCCAGUGGAGAUGACCAGCGACCAACUCCGCAGGAGAUCCUUGAGAGUUACGCUGCAUCCUCCUCCUCCUCCGUCCUGGCGGCGAGUUCGAACCCGAAGAUUGUGGGGCCGCAGCAGGAUUUCUUCAGCUUGUUAGAUCAAGACCUCACGGCCGCCCAGCUUUACGUCCAAAGCAACGUGUCGGACGUGGAGGCCAUGCUUGGAGAAUGGCAGGUUGCUGCAGUGAAGGCGGGCUUGAUCUUCACUCCUCAGCAACUGGAGGAGGUCCAGAGGCAGCUUCCUGUACACAUGGAGGAGGACGGAUGGAGGGAUGGAGACUGGCUCUUGUCGUUGACACCGGGUGCCAAGACUCGGGCUGCCAGGUUUGCCUUGGUGGACAAGUGA